AUGGAGACUGCAAUGAGGAGCCUUCUGUCAGAUAACAGCAGAUACGUCGAGUCCUUCCGCCUCUUCCUUAAGAACUCCACCGAUCACCAGUGCAUGCAGCAGUUUAUAGAGACCAGGCUGCCGGGCAUCGUCUCCAGUAUAGGGGAUGGAAAGACGAACAUCAAUGUCCUUGGAGUAGGAAGUGGAUCAGGUGAAAUAGACCUAAAAAUCUUGUCCAAAAUACAAGCUCGAUAUCCUGGAGUCUCCAUCCAUACUGAUAUUGUUGAGCCAAGCCCAUUGCAGAUCCUCAGCUAUAAGGAGCGCGUGGCCAAGACCCCGGGACUUGAAAAUGUUCAUUUUAACUGGAUCAACAAAACAGCUUUUGAGUUUGAGCUUCAAGUGAAGGAAGAGACGUCAGAAAGAAAGUAUGAUUUCAUCCAUAUGAUACAGAUGCUGUACUACGUAGAAGAUGUGCCAGCAACACUGACCUUCUUCAGGAGCCUAUUGGCACCAAAUGGAAAACUUCUUAUAAUACUUGUAUCCGGUAAGAGAUUUAAGAGGCCCUUUCCAUCCAACUUUUCUUUCUUCCCAUCAGGAAACAGUGGAUCUUCUAUUAUAUGGAAGAAGUACGGACCACGUUUGCCCCGAAACAACCAGUGCCUCUCAGCGGACGACAUUGCAGACAUGCUGAGAUCAGAGGGCACAAAGUAUCAGAGCUAUGAGCUGCCAUCUUACAGUAACAUCACGGAAUGCUUCAUCGAUGGGAACAGGAACGGGGACUUGAUGUUGGAUUUUCUCACAGAGACUUAUGAUUUUAACAAAAAUGCCUCUCCCGAGCUGAGAGAGGAAAUAAUUCAAGAUCUCAAGUGCCCAAAUCCAAUAGAAGGAAUCGAGGGAAGGCGUCGUACGGAGGACGGUUACACAGGGAAGGCGUCGUACGGAGGACGGUUACACAGGGAAGGCGUCGUACGGAGGACGGUUACACAGGGAAGGCGUCGUACGGAGGACGGUUACACAGGGAAGGCGUCGUACGGAGGACGGUUACACAGGGCGAUGGAUGCACAGACAUAG